GGGGAUUGAUCUCGGCCUCCGCUACUUCAAUUUGUUCGAAUACAGUCAUCUCACAUUAGGAAUGCUUUUCAGCUUACAUCUUUCGUUCAAAGACGAUUACAUCGCUUUAUAUUUGCCUGAGUUGUAGCUGAACUUGCUUCGGUGUUGCUCGUGCUUACCGGCCAAAAUGAGAUGAGGCUAUCGCUCUUGCUCAAACACGGAGGGAGACAUUGACAUCUCUUUCUUUUCCUACCUCAUUUCUCCCUUUUCCUUCUCUUUGAUCUCCUUGAUUGAUUCAAAGCAUGCAGAAAUCGAUUAUCUAAGAUCCAUCAUACUCUCUUCUAUUCUCUAACUCGGCUCUCAGUCGAAACCAUUCAAUCGUCAUCAGCAGUCAGCAAAAUGGCAUCUAAAUCAAGCAUAAGAACUCACACCUCUCAGCCUCCUCCCAGCCAGAACAGACAUGUCUCAUUCAACUUGCCGGUCUACUCCUACACCAAGGGAACGCAAUGGGGAUUUAAUCAACUAAUCCCAGCGCAUCCCGGCAUUGCUCAAAUGGACAAUGUUACACUGACUCUUGCUAACCAUCUCGCAUACCUUGACGGCGAUGCUGGGAUACUACGGUCGUUACUGAUGCGUGCAGGUCGCUCUCAGAGAAGAUGGAGCCUAGAGGGAAAGCCGCAGGAUGUAUCUCCAAUGGAUACGGGAAUUGCAUCUGACUUAGUUGAGGUUUUGUCGAGCGCUGAGCGUCUCCAAACUGCUGUCAAUCAACUGUGUGUUCAAGGUGCAGUCGUUCUCUGCAUGUAUCCUGGUGGCGAGGGUCGUGAUGUGCUGCGAAUGGAUGCUGGCACUCGUGCCAAGUACAAGUUGAACAGUGUGACGAACUCGCAUCAUACAAUGCUGCAGGCACUGUUACUUGUAUGCCAUGCCUUUCCCGCAGAUGCGUAUUUGGAUGACGAUUAUCACGAGCUAGGAUCGGCGUUUACUCCUCAGCUUCAGCACGUCAUGCAGUACUAUGACAAUCUUCAAGCACUGGGUAUGCUGUCAAACGAGGUGAAACAGACCAUAGCAUAUACAUUACUCCACAGCUUCCAGUUUUCAUCAACAGCUGGAAAAUGGGACGUCAUCGAAAGAGCUGAGAAGAUCGCAGCCAGCUUGGCAAUGCCCGACAAGUGCCUUGACAUGAUGAUUCUCUCUCGCAAGACGUAUCUGGAUCGGUCGACUGUGGCUCCGGAAGAAUUCGACCGUUGUUCCGGCUUUUCUAUGGAGAGCGGAAAGCUCAAUGCUCUAUGCGGAAAGGUAUUUCUGACUCGCUCCAACAUGUACUUGCGAAACAGCGCAGAUAUCGACAUGGCAUUUUCGUUUCUGCAAGAAAUCCGUCCUAUUGACUGGGACAAUAUUUCAAUAUUGGAAGAGCUCAUUCUACAGGAAAGGGCAAUUGCUUGGGGUCGGUUGUUACGGUUCCAAGGCCAAUUCCAAGAAGCUCGCUCGCUAUUAGAAGCUGUAUACAAUGCACGACAAUAUCCUGAAGAUGUGAUCUCUGCCGGUGAAUUGAACUGCGACUUGAUAUCUCAUCUAGCGGCGACACACUGUGAAUUAGGGGACCCCGAAAAGGCGGAUUUCUUAGUAUCGACCAAGCUGGAGAGCAUCCUAGAAAAGUACAACACUAGCAACCCCAAUUCCAAGCCACGAAAGGGUGACAUGUUAAAACUAAGGCUUGCUCAAGCAGAAGCAGCACUACAGCAGGGCGAGCACUGGAGAGCAGCAGAUAUGUAUCGGGAACUGAAUCGGUAUAUCUGGGCUACUCGGGGGCACCGGAACUCCAUCCGGUCCGUAUGCCGUAUGCACAUGGGCCUAGCACGAGUGCAGCAGCUCCAGAGUGACUGGCCCACUUCAUUGAAAUACUGGGAGAGAGCGAUGCGAAUGUAUGACAAGCGUCCAGAUUCCCAAGAUUUUGGGACUGUGGUCACAUACGCUGCAAUUGCUUACGUUCAUAUACAAAUGGGCAAUGAGGAUGAUGCGAUCCCUUUUUUUAUAAAAGGGGGAGAAUUACUCAAGGUUACUGGUCAUCAGCACUGGUAUACUGGCUUGGGGACUGGAUGGUUCGAUGAGAUAUGGGAUCAUACAGAAUCUCAAACAAGCAUGUCAACCAAUAACGCCUCUCUCGAGGCAGCAGCAACCGAACGCAAAGCCAGACUCGCCAAGCUCGCCGCCCUCAAGAGAAAACAACCCGAGCCCGAACCUCUAACCGAAACCUUCGCCUCAAAAGAUCAAGAAUUAUUACAAGAAGACGAUAGCACCGAAAACAAUAACAUAACAAAACAAUACCUCUCCGGCCGAAACUACGAUGCCGAAACCCGCGGCCCCAAACUGGGAUUUGAGCAAGCCCCCACCGAAGGAGCAAUCACACUUGAACAACAAGCAUCCGAACUGGCGCGCAAAGCAGCCGAACAAGCCCAAAGGGAGGAAGAAGAGGCCGCUGAACAACCUAUAGAUUUAUUUAAAUUGCAGCCGAAGAAACCGAAUUGGGAUUUGAAGAGGCAUUUGGAUGAGAAGAUGCGUGUUUUGAAUGUUAGGACGGAGAAUGCGAUUGCGAGGUUGGUUAGGCAGAGGAUUGAGAAUGCGCAGAGGGAGGAGAGAGCCAAAAAGGGUGGGAGGGGUAGUGGUGAUGGUGAGGGUGGUGAGGAGGUUGGGAUUGAAGGGGAUGCGUUGGUUGAAGGGAUUCAUGUUCGUGAACAGGAGGCGGCUGAGGAACGGGAUGAGGAGGAUUUGCUGUGAUGGUUUGAUACGAUACCCCUAGUAUAAUAAAAGAUUGGGCGAUAUGAAUUGCAUGAAGAUGGGAUGGCGUUUAGGGUUGGAGUUCUGUUUCCG